UCGGGCCUCCCAGAACGGGGAGUAUAAAUGCUAUAAGCGCCCAUCUACCCUCAUUGCCCUUUUGUCGUUUCUGUAUUCCCAUCAGUCUAUCCAUCCAUCUGUAUACCUCAUCCAUCACCAACAACAUCAUCAAGAUGACCGAUUUCUCCCAGAAGAAGACCUCCUCCCCCGCGGCCCCGGGUGUUCCCUUCUACACCCCGGCCCAGGUCCCCGCCGCCGGCACUCCCCUCCCCUCCACCCCCGGCGAUGUCCCUACUCUCUUCACCCCUCUCAAGAUCCGUGGUGUUGAGCUCCAGAACCGCUUCGCCGUUGCGCCCAUGUGCACCUACUCUGCCGACGAUGGCCACAUGACCGACUGGCACCUUGUCCACCUGGGCUCCUUCGCCCUCCGCGGUGUCCCCCUCACCAUCUUCGAGGCCACCGGCGUCCUCCCCAACGGCCGCAUCACCCCCGAGUGCUCUGGUCUCUGGCAGGACUCCCAGAUUGCGCCCCUCAAGCGCAUCGUCGACUACAUCCACUCCCAGGGCCAGAAGGCCGGUAUCCAGCUCGCCCACGCCGGCCGCAAGGCCAGCACCAAGGCCCCCUGGCACUACCAGCGCGGCAAGAGCGAGCUUGCCGGCCCCGAGCAGGGUGGCUGGCCCGAGAACGUCUGGGCCCCUAGCGCCAUCAGCUACAACGAGGAGACCUUCCCCUUCCCCAAGGAGAUGACCGUCGAGCAGAUCCAGGAGCUCGUCGAGGCCUGGAAGGCCUCUGCCCAGCGCGCCCUCAAGGCCGGCUUCGACCUCAUUGAGAUCCACGCCGCCCACGGCUACCUCAUUUCCGAGUUCUUGAGCCCCAUCUCCAACCAGCGUACCGACCAGUACGGUGGCUCCUUCGAGAACCGCACCCGUGUUCUCCGCGAGAUCAUCUCGGCCGUCCGCUCCGUCAUCCCCGAGGACAUGCCCCUCUUCGUCCGCGUCUCCGCCACCGAGUGGAUGGAGUACACCGGCCAGCCCUCGUGGGACCUCCAGCAGACCAUUGAGCUCGCCAAGAUCCUCCCCGACCUCGGCGUCGACCUCCUCGAUGUCUCUUCCGGCGGCAACAACAAGGACCAGAAGAUCAACGUCCACACCUACUACCAGAUCGACAUGGCUGAGCAGAUCCGCGCGGCUGUGCACGAGGCCGGCAAGCAGCUCCUCGUUGGUGCCGUCGGCUUGGUCACCUCGGCUGAGAUCGCCAAGGAGACCGUCCAGGAGAAGGAGGAUGGCAGAGUUACCAUCCAGCGCGAGAACGGCGCCAAGACUCGUGCCGAUAUGGUUCUUGUUGCCAGGCAGUUCUUGAAGGAGCCCGAGUUCGUCCUCACUGUUGCGGACGAGUUGGGUGUUGAUGUCAAGGCCCCUGUUCAGUACCUCCGUGGUCCUCUUAGCAGCAGGCCCAAGAAGUUGACCACUGUUCCUUAG